AGACGCGCAUCGCCUUUCUCCAGGACAACCCGAAGCGACGGGGGGGUCUGGCGGCCGAGCGGUAUGACAGGUACAAGGCCGCCACGACAGUACAGGAGUUCUACGCGCUGGGCGGCUUGGAAGGCGACCUGAACUGGGACCGCGACAGGGGUUUCCUGACCGUGGUCCCCGCGGCCCGCAAACGGAAGCCGGCGACGUCGCCGCGUCGCUCCAUCCUCGCGCGCCGCCGCGCCGAGAAGGAGAACCGGCAGGAGGAGGCGGGGGACGCCCCCUGCGCACGGACCCCCGGUGGCGCGGGCGCCGCGCGCGGCCCGCGGCAGGACGCCGAGCGCGAGCAGAGGCGCCUUGAGCGCGAGCGCGCGCGCAGCAGGACGCCAGCGGGCGCACACAAAGCUGCGCUGGCGCCGCGGACGCCCAGGGCCGCGCUUGCCCCGCGGACGCCUGGCGGCGCGGGGGCCGCGGCAGCAGCCCCGCGGACGCCCUGCCCCGCUCCGCGGACACCGGCAGCCCUCGUCGAGGCCCCGACAGCCGCUCCGCGAACGCCCGGCGCCGCCGCGGCCACGGCGGCAGCUCCGCGGACACCGGCGGCCCAUGAGGCCGCGGCGGCUGCGGCGGCAGCUCCACAGACACCGGCGGCCAUCGAGGCCCCUGCGGCAGCUCCGCAGACACCGGCGGUUCUCGAAGCCGCGGCGGCAGCUCCGCAGACACCGGCGGUUCUCGAAGCCGCGGCGGCAGCUCCGCAGACGCCGGCGGUUCUCGGGGCCGCGGCGGCAGCUCCGCAGACGCCUGGCGCCAGUGGGGCUCUGGCGGCAGCUCCGCGGACGCCCGACUUUGCUUGGGCCACACGGGCAUCUCUGCGGAUGCCGACGGCCCUCGGUGUCGCGGUGCCAGCUCCACUGACGCCCGGGUGGCCCGCCGCGGCGCCGGCAGCACCGUGCACGCCAUCGGCGCUCCCCAGAGCCGCCGCGCUGGCGCCGCAGACGCCCACGUUCGAGGUGGCGGCGCCAAUGACGCCGACGGCGGCGCUGCGGCUCGAGACCUGCAGGGCUGCUGGCGCCGGGGCCGGGCUGCAUCGUUGCGGCGCCGCCGCCGCUUGGGCCGCGGUGGCCGUGCUGCAGCUCGGGGCGGCGGCGGUGGCCGGGGAGGGUGCGGCGGCGGCCGCGGAGGCCGGGGCCACGGCGGCGGGGCUGCAGCUGGCGGCGUUCUCCGCCGCCGGUGCGGUGGCGGCCUCCGCCGUCGGCGCGGUGGCGGCCGUGGCGGGCCGCUUGGCGGGCGCUGCUGCCACGCGCCUCUUCAGCUAG